AUGGCUUGGCGUAUGAUAACCCCAGCGGAUAUGCCCGACUGCAUUUUCCAAGAAGUCUCUGAAUCAACCCCAGGAAAGCGAAGAAAGAGCGCGGGACGGAAGAAAUCAUCCAAGAACGAGAGUGAACAAGAUGCUAACAUCCGAAACAAUGUGCAAGAGGAAAUUGUUAAGACUGGUACGCCUGUGAUAACUAGUAAGCUUGCAUUAAAGGUUAAAUUCGUGAAAAGUGCACUUAGCUUACCCAGCUUGUUAACACAUGCACUCCACUCAAAUAACUUGAGAGCAAAUAUAGCAUAACAGAAUAAAAAAAAAAACCCAACUAGCUCCAACUGGCAGGAGGCAGCCAGCUGCCCAUUUACAAGCGUGGCUGAGGAUAUGAAAUAUUGCGAGCGCGAACAAAUCCAGCAAGUGACCAAGGCGGGAUUAGAACCCGAGACUCAAGCUCUCACGUUUUCAGUGUUUUUCGUUGUUGUUAUGGUUUUUUGUUAGUAGUCACUUCAAUUUUAAGAACCAUGAUUAAUGCACUUGCAGAGGUCUUGAAAUAAGCGUCAAGGACGGUGAUGAAGAGUUUGAUCAGCCUGAGAUAACCGAGGAUAAACCUUCACUUGUCAACCAAAGUGAUGAAGCUACUGCAGAUCCAGAAUACCCACAACCGGAUGAGAAACCAGUACAGGUAUAUAACUUGCCAGUUUAGUGUAGAAACUAUCAUGUAGGCAUUUGAUUGCUUAUUCCAGGAGCCCGCCUCGCUCUUUUUCAGCACCUUUUCGUUUUCCUAUUUUGUUUUGUUUUGCUCUUUGUUUGUUUUUUUUUAAAGAUUUUUUGUUUCAAAAAAGACAGAAACUACCUUGUCUGUUUUGGUCGCGACAUUCCCCCCCCCCCCCCCCCCCAUUUUUGUGGUGAAACUAUAAUUUGAGCUUUUUUUUGUUUUUUCCAGGGCCCCCCCCCCUCUUUUUUCACCCCCUUUUCUUUUUCCUUUUUUUUUUUUUUUUUCUUUUUUUUUUUUUUUUUUUAAAAAUUUUUUUUUUCAAAAAAAACAAAAACUUCCUUUUCUUUUUUUGCCCCGACCUUCCCCCCCCCCCCCCCAAACAGCUGCGCAUUUUUUCUAGGGUGUUAUGCUUCUUAUUCAAUGGCAACGUUUUUUGCCUGUGUUUCUGCUGAGUUUUAAGAUUUCCUUCAUGUCGGGGCUGAAAUACGUUUCAUCACGUUUAGUCCAAUACAGUUAAUGGUCUGUGGUAUCGCAAGGAUGCACCCGAAGUUAUUACCCCAAAGAAGAAAAAUCACGAGAAAAAACAGUCUCCUCGCCGGUCUGCAGAAGAAUUAGAGGCUAAACAAGAAGCAAAGAAGGAGGUUGGUGUUGACAUUAAGGUGAUAAUAUGCGUUUUAGUGAAAGGGAUGGACACUAACCACCUCACAUACGAGACGGACACGCAAUCGAACUAAUUUUAUUUGCGAACAGACUUAUUACGAUUUGUUGUGACUUUGAUUACAACUUUCUUGAAGCAUUUGUUCACACGCCAAUUGAAGGAUUGAUUUUCUUUGAAGGUACCGUCGCCUGAAAAACCUGUUUGGAGUAGUAACGCGAGGUAUUUUUGUAUUCAGUUCUUUUUCGAAAUCUUUCUUUCUUGCUUCCAUGAACUCGUAUAGGUGCUUAUAAUUGCGGCUUUCUAAUUAAUUAGUUUUUAUUUACUUUUUUUUUUAAAUAUUGACACUUAAACGUUAUGAGCGUUUCUUACCUCUCUCCUUAUAUCUAGCGCAGAAAGUCCUCCCGCUACAAGUCUCAAAGACAUCAUUGAGCAGGAGCAGAACCAGGCUACCCUCCGUCUCGAUUCCCCGGAUGAGGUACAUGUUACAUCCGCCCUUGUGAGAUUCCACGUUGGUAUAAUCAUGACAUUAGGUCCUAGCAUACAGCUUUUGUUAAUUAGAUAUUCCUUAACGCAAAAGCGAGUGGAACGCUUGUUUCUUACCAACGCCCCAACCAUUUUCCAAAGUCUGAUAAAUCUAACAUAAACCAAGCGUGACUGGGGUUGUCAAUUAACCUUCUGGGUUUCUUUGCUUUGUGUUAUUGUGCUAUUCCCUUUCUUUUUUCUGCAUCUUCGAUUCUUAGUAUACUGUAUUGUCUGCAUUAUGAAUAAUGUGAUUGUCUUUUUUGAAUGAAGAUCACUUUGAAGUCAUUUGUAUUUACUUUGUUGGUACAAUCGAACCUCUCCUUAUGGAAACAUCUAUAAUACGGACACUGUUCUCUGUCCCUAAGACAACAAAAGUCAUACAAUUUUUACGUACAUGAUUUGGACAGCUCUGUAAUGCGGACACCAGGUCCUGUCCCUGUACAUUCAUAUAAGGGCCCUGGGGUUGGACUGUUUGUCCUGUGCUGAAUUAGCUUACAGGCGAUACUCUCCACACGGACACCUCCUUAUUUUGUAUGGAACAGUUCUCUUUGCCCCAAAGACACCGAAAUUCAUACGCAAUUCCUUCCUCUACAAUGCGGUAACCUCUGUAAUCAGGACACCUGGUUCCAACCCCUUAAUAUCCGUGUUUAGGAGGUCUGACUGUAUAUAUUUUUAUUUUAUUGAUUUUACAGAAAAAGUCCAUGACAAAGAGAACUUCCAACAAGAGCCCACCCAGUCAGUGGUAAGGAUUGCGACUUGAUUUGAACGCGUAUUAUUGGGUUCCUUGGCUUCGCUCAUUUCUCAACGAUUAAAAUCCUUUGUAAAUUUUCAGCCAGUGUGAACAUUACAGUCGGAAAAUGUCAACCGUAGUCUUGUGUUGUUUUCAGUUUAGGCACCAGUCCGCCUAGUGCUGCUCUUUGGUGGAAUUCAGGUGUCCGGCAAUCACAGAAGCAACGAAAGAGGUCAAAGUCCAGCACAUCAGACGAAUCAAGCAGCAACCUGAAAGGCACAGAAGGGAAUGCAAGGGAAGUAACCUCUGACGAAAGAAAAGAUAAAGAAGCAGCUCCUGCAUGGUAUGUUCCCCUCCUUUCAUUUAUUUAUUUAUUUACUUUUUCUUUCAGUACGUCUUUGGUUACUGUUAUCCACUGUGCUUCGGCGAAGAUUAAAAGGAUGUUAACAAAGACUACAAAUUUACUUUCCCUUCUCAAGAGGAAAAGGGAAUGGUUUCUAUGUGGUGUGUUGGUUUAAGUAUACCUUUUGUUUGAAACACGAGACGCAACCGACAGUUUUGAGACUUCAUAAACACGAAAUGCGAUUUCGGGGGGGGAUUUAAACGGCUUUAAAGGUAUAUCUCUAAAUGGGUUACUACAUGUGUUAAUAAUCUUUGUUUUGUUUAUUAUGUUUAUCCUCCCCGGCAAAUUGAAACUAAAUCUCAGCCGUGUCUUAUUAAAUUUAAAAACAAUCUUUAAGAUCUGAUUUCUUUUGUAUUUUAAGUUGUUGUUGUUGUUGUUGUUGUUGUUUUAUUCUUUGUUUUAUUUUUAGUUUGUUUACUUUUCUUUCUUUUUAAGGGGUGGAGUAGGUAAAAGUGCAGCUCCUGUACGAUCGCUAAGGGAUCUCAUGCAGGAAGAAGAACAACAGCUAUCUGGAAAGAAAGCAGAAACCAAAGAGACACCCUCUGCUGCCACAUCCAAAGCCAACAAGUCUGGUACUCCAAGGAAAAAGCUCAAGUAUGACACUCCACCCCAUUACCCUUUUAUAAAGUUAGACAUUUCACACGUUUUAAAUAUGCCGCGAAGAACCCAAUUUGUUACUGAACAUCGCUGUCUUAUCACGAGGUUAACUUCCCCAAAAUUUCAUUAAGCUGCGCUAAAAGUUGGUAGUAUUUUAUUUGCAUGCAUUUGUUUGGUCAUUUUAAAAUUUCACUUUAAAAGAAUCACGGAUAUUUUGAGAAUCUUCUUCUCGGGCAUGCUACAAUACAAGAAUAUGUGCCAGGUGAAACCCUUGUUUUAACAGCUCACGAGGCGUGCGUGACUUCUCGUGUAGCUUUGUUUAACCCGUCAUAAUUUCUCGUUGUUGUCUUUCUGUAGUUGGCGCUCUCAGCCUGUGUUUUGUGCAUCAAGCUCAGAUCUUGAUUCGAAAGAUGUUGAUAUCAAUUGCGAUGGCCUGUCUGGAUUCUCUUCGUCGCCUCCAAAAAGGUAAACCAUUGUAAAAAUGUUUUGUGCUCCAUCUUUUAAGAUGCUUACAUCCUGGCUGUUUUAAACGCGAUUUAGAAAAAGUUUUACUUUGUACUUGGGGUGUUUCGAUUAGCCAAACGUUCGUAGAAAAGCGUGCAUUGAAUUCGUUUCAGGACGUUUUCACAAACGUGAAUUGCAGGUUCAUUAGAAAUGUGGGACGCGCGAGUUCUUAUCAUUCACGCGCGCCAGCUGCUACCCCACGCAGAUAAUGGUUUUGCAACAAUGUUAAGAUGCGUUUUACGUUGUUUUUAGAGAAAAAAAAACCAUGAACAAUGGCUCAAUUCAGUUGACCUAUUAAAGAAAUGUCUGUGCGGCCGAACGCCAUAUUCGUUUUCCCUUUUAUAUGUUCAUGCCCACUGGUUGAAAGAAUUCCUGCGAUUGUCUAAAAUUACGACAGAAUUGAUAAAAAAGGAGACAGGUCCGCAAAAUGCAGUGAAAUGAAAUCGGGGCAGUUGAGCGUUCGAAAUCACAGGCUUCUGACUUUGUGUAACGGAGCAUAAAAAGCGCCCUCCCUCCCUCCUAUUACCAUGAUAUACUGAUAUGCUUGCUUAUUUAUCAUCAUUAUCGUCAUUAUUAUUAAUAUUUCUUCUUGUUAUUAAUGACUGAUAAUUAAUUCUUAUUAUUAUUAUUCUUACUUUUAUUAUUAUUUGGUUACUUUUUGGUUUUGUUUUUUUGUUUCUGGAGUUCAGCGAUUGUACAUGUUUCUAUUCUUUUCAGUGCGUGUCAGUCAACUCCUCUGGCGUGUUCACCGCCUUCCUCGUCGGUCGCCUUCUCUAUACUAUCCUAG